AUGGCUGCCCAACAAGCUCCAAAGUGGUUCCCAUCCGAAGACGUCUCUGCUCAAAAGAAGACCAGAAAGGCUAUUCGUCCACAAAAGCUACGUGCUUCUCUAGUUCCAGGUACUGUCGUUAUCUUACUAGCUGGCCGUUUCAGAGGUAAGAGAGCUGUCUACUUAAAGCAUCUAGAAGAUAACACUCUAUUGAUCUCCGGUCCAUUCAAGGUUAACGGUGUUCCAUUGAGAAGAGUCAAUGCUCGUUACGUCAUUGCUACUUCUACCAAGGUUGCUGUCGACUCUGUCAAUGUUGAAAAAUUCAACGUCGAAUACUUUGCCAGAGAUGCCAAGUUAACUAAGAAGGAAAAGAAGGAAGCUCAAAUGUUCCCAGAAAACACUUCUAAGGAAAUCAAGGCUGAAAGAGUUGAAGACCAAAAGGUUGUUGACAAGGCUCUAUUAGCUGAAAUCAAGAAGACCUCUUUGCUAAAGCAAUACCUAGCUUCUUCCUUCUCCUUGAAGAACGGUGACAAGCCACAUUUGCUAAAGUUCUAA